AUGCGUCUCACUACUGCCUCUGUGACCUCAAGCGUUGGCAACGUACAUAUUCACUCUCUCCAGCGGGUCGUGGAGCUCGACUCGGGCAGCACCACCCCUGUGGACGAUGGCUCAUCAAACAACACGAGACGCGAUGAUGGCACAGUUUCUGUGUCCACGGAAGAUCUUCGCGCCAUCGAAGCCCAGCUUGUUAUCGUAGUACCUUGCAUGAACGAGGACAUCUCCACGAUCGAAGGCGUUCUUAGCUCCAUUCCACACCGCUGCCUCAUCAUUCUGGUUUCUAACUCUUCCACGGAAGGAGCUAGAGAUGAGGUCGAUCUCCUGCAGCACUUCUGCAAGACCACCGGCCGAUCUGCUGUGGCAAUCCAUCAACGAGACCCAGGAGCUGCAGCCGCCUUAAAGCAAGCAGGCCUGCCUGAGCUGUUGGAUGAUGCUGGACUCAUCCGCAACGGCAAGGGGGAGGCGAUGCUCUUGGGUCUGGUGCUCGCCGCAACUACUACAAGGAAAUAUAUCGGCUUCAUCGAUGCGGACAACUUUGUCCCUGGCUCGGUGCAUGAAUACUGCAAGGUCUUCGCAGCUGGGCUGCAUCUUGCUUCCCAGCAAAGCGACGACGUGAUGGUGCGCAUAUCCUGGGCGUCAAAGCCCAAAGUGCAGGACGGUCAACUCAUCUUUGGUCAACAGGGAAGAAGCUCGCGGAUCGUGAACAGCUGGCUCAACCGCUUGCUAGUCAUGUUGCAAACGGGAGACGAUAGUCCAAGCAAUGGCACUGACGAGCACCUGGUCAAGGGCAUCGCAACGGGAAAUGCGGGCGAGCAUGCCAUGUCCAUAUCUCUUGCAUUGAAGCUGCGACUUGCAUCGGGCUAUGCAAUCGAGCCUUUCCACUUCCUCGAUGUGUUUGAGCAAUUCGGGUCCUCGAUGUCAUCACCUGAGAACAACUCGUCGGUGCACAUCUACCAGAUCCAAACUCGCAACCCGCACUUGCAUGAUGCGAAGGACGACAAGCACAUUGAGCGCAUGUGGGCCGUGGCCCUUUCACACAUCUGCCACUCCCACGUCUCCAUGCCGGCCGGAUGCAGCUCGAGCUACCGGACGGCGGUCGCCAGAUUCAUGGUGGAUCAGGGCGUACUGCGGCCCGGCUAG